GUUUAAAUAUGGUUGCCCGUCACAUCCGGUACAUAGCAUAACUUCAAAGACAUGUCGCGUAAAAACGACAGAGCAAAAAAGAGCGAUGUCGCAGAAAAGGUAAAGGAGAUACAAAUGCGUCAAAGAAACUGGUUCAAGCAACGUGAAGAACACCUUGAAGGAAAAAGAUCUCCUCCAAUCAGAGAACUCCCUGACAGCAAAACCUCCAAGAAAGUUGAUUACAACGCUUCAUCAAAAAGUAAAACUGUAGCAGGAAAAUUUGAUCUGCGUAACACACCAGCAAGUUCUGAAAAAACUGUUGCUACCACAGGUAGUAAGGUACAACCAAAGGGAAAGUUUAAACACUGGCUAGAAGCCAGAGAGGUAAGGAAAGAUAAAGAUGACCAGUUGGAAGAGAAUAGAGAGUCAGUAAACAUUUUAAGAGUGUCCAGUUCCAGAAGUCCUGAAUUUGCAAGUCCAGAGUCUGAUCAUUAUGAUCACCAUCAUCCCAGGACAGGAGGGUUAUCCCACGGAGAACCUUACAGGACAUUCAGUGAGCGGACUGGAAGGGAAGCUAUGAAUACGUUGAUGUCCCACCAGGAUUUUGAUGCCCUAGCCGACAGUAUAGUAGCGAGGGUCAAACAUGGUAUCAACAUGGAUAGUCAUUCAGGACCAGAAACACAACACUGGUCAAAGAAUGUCACUCGGAACUCUUAUACUAAUUCACUAGAGAAGGGCAGGAGUCAUAAAGGUCACAUAGAGUCCAAGACUGGAGAUCAUAAAGGUCCCAGAGAGGUUGAUACAUCCAGUCAUCAUUGUCCUUGUUGUCAACGUCUAAUGCUGCCACCCAGUCAUGUACCUGUCAUCAACAUUCCAUGUGGUCACAGCGUCUGUGAGAAGUGCUGUGAGGGGACAGAGCUCUGUCCGUCAUGUCAUUGUCACGUGUCCACCAAGACCUGUAACCUGAUGCUGUUACAGAUCAUACAGGGAUAUCACAAUGAAAAAUCUAAAAGAAACGAGAUCAAUCGGGAAACAAAAUCAUACAGUCCAGAAAAUUACAAUGAGAAAUAUACUUCGAGUUCACAGUCAUACAGGGAACAGCAUGAGAACUUAAUAGCUCGUCAGGAUGUGAUGUUAGCCGAGGCUGACAGUGUUAAAGAUACAAUGGAUAAACUUUCCAAUCGGAUCCACAAACAGCAGCAUCAGGUACACAGCAUCGCCCAGGAAGAAACCAAGCUCAGAAAGCAGAUAAAAGAUUUGGAGGACAAGUUAGAGCAGCUGACAUCUCAUAGGGAGGGGUACUCCAAAGAACAAGACCAACUACAGCAAAAGUACAACACAGAGGCCAACAGACUGAAUCUGAUCAAGGAAACCCUCUUAUCACUGGAGAUAGAGGUGGAGAAGGUUCAGCUUCUGGCAGAAGGGAGAUGAUUGGUGUAUAUGAUGACCCACAUUGACACCUGAUGAAUGAUUGUGUGUUCCUGAUGACCUUGACACCUGAUUAGGAACUGUGUUCAUAAUAACCUUGACUACUGAUGUGUGACCGUGUUCAUGAUGACCUUGACUACUGAUGUGUGACCGUGUUCGUGAUGACCUUGACACCUGAUGUGUGACCGUGUUCAUGAUGACCUUGACACCUGAUGAGUGACUGUGUUUAUGAUGACAUUGACACCUGACGUGUGACUGUGUUCAUGAUGACCUUGACACCUGAUGUGUGACCGUGUUCAUGAUGACCUUGACACCUGAUGAGUGACUGUGUUUAUGAUGACAUUGACACCUGACGUGUGACUGUGUUCAUGAUGACCUUGACACCCAUCAAAUGACUGUGUUCAUGAUGACCUUAACACCUGAUGUGUGACUGUGUUCAUGAUGACCUUGACACUUGAUGCGUGAAUGUAAUCAUGAUGACCUUAACACCUGAUGUGUGACUGUGUUCAUGAUGACCUUGACACUUGAUGCGUGAAUGUAAUCAUGAUGACCUUGACACUUGAUGUGUGACUGUGUUCAUGAUGACCUUGACACUUGAUGCGUGAAUGUGUUCAUGAUGACCUUAACACCUGAUGUGUGACUGUGUUCAUGAUGACCUUGACACUUGAUGUGUGACUGUGUUCAUGAUGACCUUGACACCUGAUGAGUGACUAUGUUCAUGAUGACCUUGACACUUGAUGCGUGAAUGUAAUCAUGAUGACCUUAACACCUGAUGUGUGACUGUGUUCAUGAUGACCUUGACACUUGAUGUGUGACUGUGUUCAUGAUGACCUUGACACCCAUCAAAUGACUGUGUUCAUGAUGACCUUAACACCUGAUGUGUGACUGUGUUCAUGAUGACCUUGACACUUGAUGCGUGAAUGUAAUCAUGAUGACCUUAACACCUGAUGUGUGACUGUGUUCAUGAUGACCUUGACACUUGAUGCGUGAAUGUAAUCAUGAUGACCUUGACACUUGAUGUGUGACUGUGUUCAUGAUGACCUUGACACCCAUCAAAUGACUGUGUUCAUGAUGACC